CAUGCUGUGACUCAUGUUUUAAUGCCUCUUUGUUUCAGGGGAAAUCUGUGUCUUUGACUAACUUCUUCAGGAUAGCCCGGAACACCAUGACCAUGUGCUUUAACAAGGAACCAGGAGCUGCUGAAGUUGAGCAAGAGUACUGGAGGAUUGUGGAGCAGAGAGAUACCCAUGUGACGGUGCAUUGUGGGAAGGUGGACACCAGUACACAUGGCAGUGGUUUCCCCACAGGAAAGUCAGAGCCAUUUUCAAAACAUGGAUGGAACCUCACUGUCCUCCCCAAUAAUUCUGGAUCCAUUCUGAGGCAUCUGGGUGCUGUGCCUGGGGUGACCAUUCCCUGGCUUAACAUUGGCAUGGUCUUUUCUACCUCAUGCUGGUCUCGAGACCAAAAUCGCCUUCCAUAUAUUGAUUACUUACACACUGGUGCUGAUUGCAUUUGGUAUUCUGUCCCUGCUGAGGAGAAGGCUAAGAUGGACAAGGUGGUCCAUACACUGCUUCAGGCCAAUGGCACCCCGGGACUGGAAAUGUUGGAGAAGAACAUCAUGAUCUCUCCAGAGGUGCUGUGCCGUGAAGGCAUCAAGGUUCACCGCACGGUCCAGAGGAGCGGCCAGUUUGUGGUGUGCUUUCCCGGAGCCUUUGUCUCUAAAGUGUGCUGUGGCUACAGCGUGUCAGAGACGGUGCAUUUUGCUACACCCCACUGGAUGAACCUGGGUUACCAAGCUGCAAAGGACCUGAAAUGUCGUCGCAUAGCCAAACCCUUCUCCAUGGAGAAGCUACUGUACCAGAUUGCUACAGCUGAAUCCAAGAGGGAUAAUGGCCUUCUCCUCACCACCAUCUCUGCCCUACUCAAAGACCUCAGGAACAUAGAGAUGCGCCAACGGCAGGAACUUUACAAGGCAGGUUUGCUCUCCUCUGCUCGCUACGGCACCCAUGACAGCAGCCUGGGGCCCGGUGAGGGACGCAAAAAGCCCCGCGGGAAAUGGCUGGCACUGGAGUCCUCGGAGAGACGCUGCCAGAUCUGUCAGCAUCUCUGCUACCUGUCCAUGGUGGUUCAGGAGACUGACAAUGUGGUCUUCUGUCUGGAGUGUGCCCUGCGCUAUGUGGAGAAGCACAAGUCCUGCAGAGGCCUUAAGAUGAUGUAUCGAUAUGAUGAGGAGCAAAUCAACAGUUUGGUGAACCAGGUGUGUGGCCGGGCCAUGUUAAAGAAUGGAGGCGGCGGCGGUGCUGUCGUCAUCAAUGGAGUAGGGGACCCCUGCCACGGGUUAAGCCCAGCCAAAGCAUCACCGGCGAAGCGAGGCCCCAGAAAGCGCGCCACCGUGGAGGUGUCCUUGGCACGCCUGUCCUCCAGCCACAUACCCAAGGCCGCUGCUGUGUCCUGAGGGGGCGCCUCGACAUCGCCACCCGGUGCGCUGUUCCCACAUCCUGCUCUGACCCUCCCAAACUCCUGUGUUUUGUUUGUUUUUGUUUUUUUUUCCUCACAUAAAGCAGGAUCACUAUUAAUCCCUCCUCCAACACCUAAUAUUUAAGAUUGAUUGUUUUUGAGCUUUGAAAUUCCCCUCACCUGACCCCAGCCCCCCCCCCCCCCCCCCCAAAAAAAAAUAUUCACCUCCCCCCUUAGUAUGACAGUCUUGUUUAUAAAAAAGAAAAGGAAAAAAAAGAAAAGCAAGAUGUCUUUUUUGCACUAGUGUGAAAGAAGAAUUUGUUUUUGUUCUGGAUGAUUUUAGAAUCCCCCGUCCCUCCUUAAGUCGCCCUUUACAACAUUACAAGCAUUAAGUGUAACGUUCACAAGAAGACUUGAUGGACCCUGUUAUACCCUUUUACCUCCACCACCAUCCUCCCUUAACUGAAAUGGGUUACAUUUGUUACCUUCUCCUUGCAUCACUCUUUC